AUGGAACCAAAACUGAGUGGUGGUGGUGUACCGGAAGAGGUGCUUCAGUCGUUGCUCAUUGCUUCGGAUUCAUCCUCCUACUCUCUAGAAGACUGCUUGAAGUUUCUUCUUGAGUCUUCCAAGACGGACUCAGGGCGCUCCGAUCUCGCUUCCAAGUCUAUCCUUCCUUACAUCCUACGUCUUCUUCCUUCCCGCCAUUAUCUGAAUCUCUCUCUCAAGGUCCUCCGCAACCUCUGCGCCGGCGAGGUUUCCAAUCAAAUCUCUUUCGUCGAACACGGCGGUUCUGCUAUCCUCUCCGACUUGCUUGCAGAGAAAACCAAAACCACGGAGGAGGAUCUCGAGACUGUUCGUCUCGGGUUGCAGGUUCUAGCCAACGUUGUAUUGUUCGGACAAGAGAAACGUCAGAGAGAUGUGUGGUUUCGGUUUUUCCCUGAGAGGUUCUUCUCAAUCGCUAAGAUUAGAAGGCUUGAGACAUGUGAUCCUCUCUGUAUGAUUUUGUAUGCUUGCUUUGAUGGAUGCUCUGAUCUUGCUUCUCAGCUUUGUCGUAUUAGUGUUGGCCUCACCAUCGUUGCUGAAACUAUACGGACUUCAUCUUCCGUUGGGUCUGUGGAUGAUAAUUAUUGGCUUAAGUUACUUGUUUCGAGAAUCUGUGUUGAAGACCAUUGUUUCCUUCAGCUCUUCUCCAAGUUAUACAAAGUUGUUGAUACGGUUCUUGGUCACAGGGAUGAGACCUUUACAUCAGAGCAAGUCUUUCUUCUGAGGAUGGUCUCUGACAUUGCAAAUGAGCGGAUAGGAAAAGUUUCAAUCCCCAAGGAUACAGCUUGUUCCAUUCUUGGAUUAUUCAAGCAAUCUCUUGACGUUUUUGAUUUUGCUUCUUCUAGCGAAAGGUCUGAGCUUCCUACGGGUUCAACUAUAGUAGACGUAAUGGGUUACUCUCUCGUGAUAAUAAGAGAUGCUUGUGCUGGAGGUAGCCUUGAAGAACUCAACAAGGAAAACAAGGAUUCAGUUGAUACUGUUGAGUUGCUCUUAUCCUCUGGACUGAUACAUCUCCUCCUUGAUCUGCUUCGCAAACUUGAUCCUCCAACAACAAUAAAGAGGGCUCAACACCAGAGUCCUAGUUCUUCUUCUUCUUCUUCAUUAAACCCUUGUCCAUACAGAGGAUUCAGGAGAGAUAUUGUGUCUGUGAUUGGGAACUGUGCGUACAGAAGGAAAGAGGUACAAGAUGAGAUCAGGGAGAGAGAUGGGCUCUUCCUAAUGUUGCAGCAGUGCGUGACCGAUGAUGACAACCCUUUCUUGAGAGAAUGGGGCUUGUGGUGUGUGAGAAAUCUGCUGGAAGGGAACCUAGAGAACCAGCAAGUGGUUGCUGAGUUGGAGAUUCAAGGAUCUGCGGAUGUGCCUAAACUCCGUCAAAUUGGUCUCAGAGUUGAAAUUGAUCCUAAAACAUCCAGGCCUAAGCUUGUCAAUGACACCUGA